AUGGAAAGCCACCUGGGUUUCGUGUAUGCUAGGGACUUGACAGAGCUUGAAGCAGUCAUGAAACUCAUCCCUCGUGCAGGUGGAUGUGUCAAGUGCGAUGCCACCUCGGACCUCGAAUGUCCCAACUGUUCUGAGGGCACAGAGUGCCAGUUCACCAUUCCUUCCGAUUGCACAGAGUGCUCACAAGCGCGAUGCGUAGCGGCAAGCGCCGAACCCAGCGAAGGCGACAACUCGGAUAACAGUUCUGGGGGUCCAAACAUCGGGGCCAUCGUGGGAGGCGUUGUUGGAGGCAUUGUUCUCAUCACAGUCCUAACAUACCUGGCUUGGAGAUAUCUCAUCAAGCCCCGUAGGGCUGAGGACAUAGCUCGCCAUUCGCAAUAUCACGGAAGCACCGCACCGCAAGAUUCAGAGAAGGACAACGAGUCCAGACAUGCCCGCCGCUCGUCAACGCACACCGUUCACUCUAUUGCGUCCACAGUGUUGACUCGAGCUUCAAACAUUAUUCAAAUCGCAUACAUUCCCGGAGUCACGAACCGAGCGAACCCUGCCUCCUCGGGCGUCCUCGUGCCUCCAGUCCCACCGAUCCCUAUGCAGCACUCUGCAAACGACGGCGAUGGCGACAACAACGAUCAGCACUUCUUCGUGCCGGGUGACCUCCGCGACUCGACAUACUCUGGUCUGUCUGGCUACUCGGACCGUACAUCUUAUGCUACACGCACAUCCUACGCCCCUCGCUCUAGCAUCGCCUCCACAAUUUACGGCAAGCAGGCACAGGUGAUGACUCCGGCGUCGACAGGCCUGCGUGCGAAGCCAACCAUGGUCAGUGUUAAGUCCAUGGGAACCAGCGGGAGCGGCGGAAUCACACCUCCAGUGCCCAACAUUGAUUUCGAAAAGUUCGGCAACGGAAGGCCAAAGAGUGGUGCGAGCACCUUCAGUGUGGGCUCCACGUUCUUGAACACAGCCACGCAGACCCGCGCCCAGGUCGUCAAGGUCGGAGGUCUCAAGAAGGUCGAGAUACCUGCCAAGUCCGACGCUUCGAGUCGAGCGACUUCGACGUCUGAAGGCAAAGGGGCAGGAUCUGAGGCCACCACGCCUGCUGUUACACCUCCUGCGCUAUCCAUCAAUGGCUCCCCCUUCGUCGAUCCUCCAGAGGAGGUGAGCACUCCCGAACCCAAGGCCAACGCACCCAAGCUAGGGGCUGUCAUGGAGGACGACGGAGAUAGGCCCGACCGUGAAUCGAAACCUGCGUCGAUAGAACGAGGCAGCAGCCCCUUUGGCGACGAGCACGCGACCAAGUGA